CUGCAGUCAGUGGACGAUGAGCUGUGAGCGCGUUACGAGCAACAUGACCGAGGUCCCGUCCGGAGCUCCGGAGGUGUCCCGGAAAAGAGCCGCCGAGUCCGACCCGCCUUCCGAACAUAGACCGAAGUGGAAGAAAGUCUGCUGGGGCAUCCUGACCAGCCAAGGAUCCUGGGCAGAUUGCUCCCCUCUCCAUGAAGCAGCUUGUCAGGGUCGACUGCUCGCUCUGCGCACUCUGCUGGCCCAGGGAUAUCACGCCAACAUUAUCACUUUUGAUCAUGUGACCCCUCUCCAUGAAGCCUGCCUAUCUGGACACGUAGCCUGUGUCAGAGCAUUAAUAAAUGCUGGAGCUAAUGUAAAUGCUGCUACCAUCAAUGGCGCCACCCCUCUGUACAACUGUUGUGUUUCUGGAAGCGUCAGCUGUAUGGAACUACUGCUGCAGAAUGGAGCACACACACACACGUCACACACACACUUCCCGUCAGCUCUGCACGAAGCCUGCAAGAGAGGUAGCAGCGAGUGUGUAGAGUCCCUGCUGACUCAUGGGGCAGAUCCAGACUAUGAGGUGUCCCACCUGGGCUCUCCUCUCUACAUGAGCUGUCUGCACCAACACACAGCUUGCUCCAAGAUUCUGCUGCACAGAGGAGCCAAUGUUAAUGUAGGCAGAGAAGGAGACAGUCCUCUUCAUGCAGCUGUCAGACAGGACGAUACUGAUCAGGUGUCACUGCUGUUCGACUAUGGAGCUGAUGUCAACCUCAGAGACAGCAACAAUCAGCGACCUGUGGAGUUAGCACCUCAGGGUGGAAAAACACAGCAGCUGCUACAAUCAUUUGAAGCUUCUCCAAGGAGUCUCUACCAGUUGUGUCGUAUCCAGAUCAGGAAUCUGAUUGGUCGAUCCAGACUGAAGGAUCUCCCCUCCCUUCCUCUGCCCUCCCUGCUCACCCACUAUCUGGAGCACACAUAGAGGGCACACACACACACACACACAC